GGACGCGGAUGCCCUUCGCGCCGGCCGUCGACGGGGCAGCGUCGGAGCUCUCGCCGGCGCCGGGAGCCCCGGGACUGCGUCGGGAGGCGCGGGCGUCCGAGCCCUCCUUCCUGCUUUUCGCCCAGCGCCGCUGCUUCGGCUUCCCGGCUGGGCGGGAGACAUUCCUCCAGCUUGGCCGACUUCCGAGGAGCCAGCCCCUUAUUUUCCCCCCACUGAGGGUAAGAGGUUCUGGAAUCGAAGCUUCGGAGGAGCUGAAGCGAACCUUCCCCAACUCCUCGGUUCACGCCAGGCUCCCUUUUGGGGCGGGAGAUCCCGUUGGAGCAUCUCCCCGAGGUGCAGGAAUGGAAGAACCCACCUUGCAUCCUCUCUGCGGUGUUGCUUGCCUGAUCUCCGCUUGGGAAUGAGAAGGAGACUUGUAAUUACCCAAUGAGGUACUGAAAGACAAAUGGCAGAAAAUUUGUUACCGGACAGAAACUAGUGAUCGUUUGGGAGCUACACGCGUUUCUGCAUGUAAUUGGACGGGCGUGAAAGAGGUACCUUAUUGAAAAGCACAACAGUCCUUUAGGAGGCGAAAAAUUGAGUUCUUCCUUUUUGGCCAGGAUUUUGAAGACUGUUCAGUGUAUCGUACGUUUGGUAAAAGAUGAGAACUUUAUAAAAUAUUCUGCCCAAGAGCGUAAACGAUGACUACCCCAGCCCUGCUACCCCUCUCUGGACGAAGGAUACCACCUCUGAACUUGGGCCCACCUUCCUUCCCGCAUCACAGGGCUACAUUGAGACUUUCCGAGAAGUUUAUCCUCCUCCUUAUUCUAAGUGCCUUCAUCACCCUGUGUUUUGGGGCAUUCUUCUUCCUUCCAGACUCUUCAAAACACAAACGCUUUGAUCUGGGUUUGGAAGAUGUGUUAAUUCCUCAUGUAGAUGCCGGCAAAGGGGCUAAAAACCCUGGAGUUUUCCUGAUCCAUGGACCAGAUGAACACAGACACAGGGAGGAAGAAGAACGUCUGAGAAAUAAAAUCCGAGCUGAUCAUGAGAAGGCCUUGGAAGAAGCAAAAGAAAAAUUAAAAAAAUCAAGAGAGGAAAUCCGAGCAGAAAUUCAGACAGAGAAAAAUAAGGUAGUCCUAGAAAUGAAGAUGAAAGAGAAAAAGCCACUGCCACCAGUUCCUAUACCAAACCUUAUAGGAACAAAUGGUGGAGACCCAGAAGAUAAUGAACUGAGAGAGAAAAGGGAAAAAAUUAAAGAGAUGAUGAAACACGCCUGGGAUAAUUAUAGGAUGUACGGGUGGGGACAUAAUGAACUCAGACCUAUUGCAAGGAAAGGACACUCCACUAAUAUAUUUGGAAGUUCACAAAUGGGUGCUACUAUUGUAGAUGCUUUGGAUACCCUUUAUAUCAUGGGACUUCAUGAUGAGUUCCGAGAUGGGCAAAAAUGGAUUGAAAACAACCUUGAUUUCAGUGUGAAUUCAGAGGUGUCUGUUUUUGAAGUCAAUAUUCGAUUUAUCGGAGGCCUACUUGCAGCAUAUUACCUUUCAGGAGAGGAGGUAUUCAAGAUUAAAGCAGUCCAACUGGCUGAGAAACUCCUUCCUGCCUUUAACACACCUACAGGGAUCCCCUGGGCAAUGGUGAAUCUGAAAAGUGGAGUAGGGCGAAACUGGGGCUGGGCAUCUGCAGGUAGCAGCAUUCUUGCUGAAUUUGGUACACUUCACAUGGAGUUUGUCCACCUCAGCUACUUGACAGGAGACCCGGUGUACUACAAAAAGGUCAUGCAUAUUCGGAAACUGCUUCAGAAAAUGGAUCGUCCAAAUGGUCUUUAUCCAAAUUAUUUGAACCCAAGAACAGGUCGCUGGGGUCAGUAUCAUACAUCAGUUGGCGGGCUGGGAGACAGUUUUUAUGAAUACUUACUGAAAGCAUGGUUGAUGUCAGAUAAAACAGACCAUGAGGCCAGGAAAAUGUAUGAUGAUGCUAUUGAGGCUAUAGAAAAGCAUCUUAUUAAGAAGUCCCGUGGAGGUCUUACCUUUAUUGGAGAAUGGAAGAAUGGGCACUUAGAAAAGAAGAUGGGGCAUUUGGCCUGCUUUGCUGGGGGAAUGUUUGUCCUGGGAGCAGAUGGUUCCAGAAUGGAUAAAGCUGGACAUUAUUUAGAGCUCGGAGCGGAAAUUGCACGUACAUGUCAUGAGUCAUAUGACAGAACUGCUUUAAAGCUGGGUCCUGAAUCAUUCAAGUUUGAUGGUGCAGUCGAGGCCGUGGCAGUCCGGCAGGCUGAAAAGUAUUACAUCCUCCGUCCAGAAGUAAUUGAAACAUAUUGGUACCUAUGGCGAUUCACUCACGAUCCAAGAUAUAGGGAGUGGGGCUGGGAAGCAGCACUGGCUAUUGAAAAGUAUUGCCGAGUCAGUGGUGGAUUUUCUGGGGUGAAGGAUGUAUAUUCCUCUACUCCUACGCAUGAUGAUGUACAGCAGAGCUUCUUUCUUGCUGAAACAUUAAAAUAUUUGUAUCUGCUGUUCUCCAGUGAUGACCUUUUACCUUUAGACCACUGGGUAUUUAAUACAGAGGCUCACCCUCUGCCCGUGUUACAUUUAGCCAACACCACACUUUCAAGAAAUCCUGCUGUUCGAUGAAAGCAGCUCCAGAAAGACCAUUCUCACCUGUGUUUUGUUUACAUGGACCACUACAGAAAUUAGUCUGGAGAGGGGCCUUUUGAAAACCUGGACCUCUUAAGUCAACAUGGCAGGGUGAAACGUGACUAUUCCCCGCAAGACUUUUCACCUUGUAAAUAUCUCAGCUUUGAAAUGAUUCCAUUUUAUACCUGACCAAAACAUACCCUGGUGUGUGCAGGACAGAGACCUGAUGUGCUUUGAUUCUUAAUGAGAUGGUCACAUGAGAAAUGAUGCCUGUAACUACUAGAUUGUUUUUAGAGUCCUAGAAUAUGGAGGCUAGAUUUCCUAUGGAUAAGCCAAGAGUGUGGAGCACCUUGCAGGAAUUAGAGAUGGCCUUUGGAACCAAUUAUAUAUUUGUUUCCUCCCAAAGUGGAGCAGCUCUCAAAUCAAAAUAUUUAUACAUUGUUUAUCCUUUUUUUUUCCUCUAUUUUUAAUAAUAGAAUAAAUUAAAAUAAACAAGAACAAAAGAACUGUGUAACUGCAUCGGCAGCAAGAAGACUCGAAAAAGAAACAGAGUACCUAUCUCUGUGUGAAUUUUCAAGUUCCCCAUUAGAUGACCAGACGGGCAACCAUUUCAAAUCUCAGUCUAUUCCAUUGAAAUUUUGUGGUUAAACUUGCUUUCUCUGGGAGCAUGAUCUCACAAAGAGUACUUUUCAUGUCUUUGUCUCCAUAUUGAAUCCUUGAAACUGCUAUUUAUCAUAACCACUUUUUAAGAGCCUGGGUUUGGGAUUUGUGCAUGUUGUUCAGUCUAGCGUUGGUAGCAUGACAAAAGCGGGGGAAAUGCUGCAGUUUGUUGCCUUGAAACCUGUUCUAAGAGAAAGCCUUGGUUUUGUUGAUAGGAGAUUAUUUUUCUAAACCAGCAAAUCUACAAAGUAAAUUUUGUCCACUAUAACCUCAUUAUAAACUUAGUAGAAUCCCUCAAUUUAUAACUUUCUUUAUGUGGCUUGGCAAAAUUCACUAUACUAUUGUGCAGCUCUGAAUUUACCUUGAUGAGCCAAAUUACUUAGAUAAUUUAUUAAAUCAGAAACAAAAUGCAGUCAAACUUCCUUAACUAUUCUUGGGACCAGGGAUCCUUUAUUUAUUAUCUCAUCAAAGAGUGAGCUUUUCACAAAUAUGUAAAAAAUAAAUUCAGCUCUUUUUUCCUCUAAGAAUACUUACAGAAAUCGAAAGAAUUAAUCAGAAUAGCUUCAAAAUAAUUUUUAGUGGUUAAAAUGUGGUAUAAUUAAUCAUAUUACACUAAAUUUGGGAUAUAUCUAAGUGGCUUUCUCUUACCAUCAAUAGAUUUUGCAAUGGUAUUCCUUUUUAAAGAAAUUAUUAUUUCUUUAUAUUUUGGCGAGAAGAACUUAAAUUUUAUCAAGAACUAUAAGAUAAAUAUCUAAGGCAUAAAUUUUCUGUCCCCUGAAUUUCUGUCACAAUGCAAGAUACUUUUUUUUACAUUUAAUACAGACAGCUUCUAUGACAGUAAUAGUUGGGAGCAGUAUUAUUAGUUUGAUAUUUACUCAGAAUUUCAAGAUUUUAUGAAAGUGUGCAGGAAGCCCAUCUUAGAAUUCUGAAGGCUUAUCUUCUUAUUUGAUAGUUUUUCUUUUUAAUCUUUUAUUAGCAUGUGGUGGGUUUAAAUUGGAAAAAGUUUUAAUAAAUUAGUGUAAUUAAAUAUUUUCUAAGGGUGAUCAUCUUCUACCACAAGUAGUCAGACAGUCCUCACAGUUCAGCAAAUGAUCCAUAAAAUGAUAACCACCUCAAGAUUUUCAGUGUACAUAGAAAACAAGGAUGUAGAGCCAGUUGCAUUAUUUAAAUCUUUAGGAGAGUUAAAUUUUAGUAAAUCUUUUCAAAUUGUAAUAUCUUUUACUAGUUGAAAAUUUUUUAAUUUUAAAUGAGAAGGAUAGAUGACUAACUUUAGAAGAAAAAGGGAAAGUAUUUGGUUCUCAAAAGUGUUAGCUUUUCUCCCAAAAAUAGCACAGGCCCACUUAUGAGUCACUGAAAAAAAUGAAAAGCUUGACUUGGCAAAAGACCCAGAACAGUUGUGUAGAUGGCAGUGAACCUUCCCUCACUUCAUUUAGAGGAAUACAGAGGAAAGGGGCCUCCUUGGUUCCCCAGGAGCUUCUCAAGAAAUGAGAAGACAGAACCCCCACCCCAAGUGCUCUGUUUGUAUUUCUCAGAUGACUGAGCUUGAGAGAAGGCAGAGAAGUGUACAGUCACGGCCAGUUCUGGUACAAACAAAAAAGUUUGAGAGGGACAGAGGAAGAGUCUUCACCAUCUCCCUGCCUUCCCUGAUGAUGAGAUAACUAGAGCUUAUAACAAUGCUUCCAUUUUUUUUUCCUUCUCCGAAUACCAAAGGCAAUUAAAUUUAAGUCAGCUACAAAUGGCUUGCCAGUGUCAUGCUUUAUUUUUGUUACAGAUUUUAAAAAUUAUUUUCUCCAAGAUCAGUCCUUAUCCCAUAUUCUGCUUAGUUUCCAAUUCUUCGCUUCAUUCUGUCUUUUACAGUCUUUUGCAUUUUGUAAUCCUUAUUACUCAGGUUAAAUACUUAUUACAUUUAUAAGACCUUCUGCAAAGAGCCUAGAGAUGUUCCUUUUCAGGUGCCUCCUUAAAAUCUGACACAUUACUUUGUGCCUUUGGCACAAGCAGGCGGAGUAGAUAGAACGUUUGGGACACAAAAGAAUAAAAUAGAGACGUUGAACACCCCUCUACCUUCUAUAUUUAUUUUUCUGUUAGAAUUUUAGGAUCACACUUUUUGGUUCAAACCAGUAUAAAGUUGUUAAACCAAGAGAAUGUGGCCCCAACCAAAAAGAAGUCUCAGUGCAGAGAGGUAAGUACCCAGUCACAGGGUUCUUACUUUCUGGUGGGUUGCACAGAUGUGCUGUUUUAUGUAUCUCUGACACCAACUUAUUGUCUUUGAGCAGAUGUUUAUAUGUAAAAAUCAAACCUGAGUAUUGAAGGAAUGUAUUCCUUUUGUAGACUGUUGACCCUGAUUCUCUGUGGUGUCUUCUCGGGCAACCCAGGGCUUUACUUGGUAGAUGCUAACCAAGUAGUUUGACAUUUUGGUCAUGAACUUCUCAUCUCCAUUCUCCAUUGCCAAAAUCUUUGUCAAAACUACAAAUUUGUUGGUAAAACUUGUGCUUGCCAUUCUCACCAUGCAGUUUCUCCUUAGGCCUGGAUUUCUUCAAAUGAAUGCAUGAGUGAAUGAGAGAGUGAGUGAACAAACACAGAGGACCUAAAGUGUGCCACGCAUUGUGCUAGGCACUUUCAAGUAUUAGAACAUUUUGUGAUUCCAGUGGCAUUUUCUGUAUGAGUAGUUCGUAUCAUUUUAAAUGUUUUCCAGUACGAUUCAUGUUACAAAAUCCUUAAUUUUAUAUUUCAUUUAAAUUAAAGAAGAAAAGAAGUGAUUUAUAAUAUAUUUUAAACAAUGUGUUACUAUAUAAUGCUAACAGCUAUAAUUGUAGUUAAUAACUAACGCCUCGGAAAAUGUCAAAGAAAUACUUGAUUUCUGAUGCAACUUUGAUUAAAAUAUUUACUUUAGAAAUAAAUAAAAACAUUCUUAUUUUGCUGUAUCACUUUAAUUACAUAAUUAAAAGUUAAUGUUUUAUAGAAAUGCUGGUUAUUUUAUAUUCAAAAAAUUUUGUCACAUAAUUCAUGGGUAAAAUUUACAGUUGUACGUGAUUUAUGCUCUGCUAUGGGUCCUAGUAAUGGCCCCAUUUUAAAUGUAAAGAAAACUAAAAUAUUUCUAAGUUCCUAAUAACAGUUCCUAGUAAUGGUAUUUUUGAGUUCCUGUUUUUCUUUAGGUUCUCUUACCCUCAAAUUGGCUAGCUCCUAUCUUAUCCACUCUUUACAUAGGUAUAUACAUAAAUAUAAUUGUGCACAGAGACAUUGUUAAUACUGUCUGUGUUUGUUAAUUAACAAACAGGAGUUGUUAACUGGUUUUGGCUGCACAAAUUCUAAGCAGGAUAUUUGAAUAACCAAAUAUGAUCUGGAGUUUAAUGUACUUACUCUGUUUCAGGAACACUGGUGAAGAUGACUUUCUGUUCCUUCAGCUCAUGCAGAUCAUGUUCUUUGUGAUCUAUAAUGAAUCAGCCCGCUUUCCUGUGAAGGGCCAGAUAAUAAGUAUUUUAGGCUUUGCGAGCCGUACAGUCUCUCUCUGCUACUCAGUGUGCUGUUGAGACGUGAAAGCAGGUGUAGACACUAUGUGAGGGAAGGGGCGUGGCUGUGCUCCAGCAAAACUUCAUUUACUGAAACACGAAGGGCUCGAUUUGGCCCACAGAUCAUAGUUGGUAACCCUUGAUCCCAGUUUAAUUGGUGUAAGACCUUGAAAUCUUUGAUAUGCAUCUUUUAUCUGGGUUUUGAGUACAUAAUUCACUUUCAAAGCAAAAAGAUGUAUGUAUGUACAAUUGUAUGUUUUUGUGUAACCUAAAGCUAUAUAUUUGUUGUCUUGAAGAUAGAUACACUCUACUGGAAUCUGUUCAGGUUUCAAUAUGAUACAGCUAUCUGGAAAGAGGCAUAUUUUUUGUUCGUGGGGUAUGCUAUCAGCCCUUAUCCUUGCCUUGUCAUUUAAUGCCACAAUUCCAGAGUGUGCAAAAGGAAGGGUCCCUGCGGUGUCAAAAUAGUAUAUUGGCUCCACAUUCUGUCUGCUCAGUGACCUUUAGGCCAGGACUCUGAAUUGCUGGAGCUGCAAAAGUUCCUCCACUUGAAUACUUUGAGAGGCCUCUGACAGGAAUAUGAUAGAAUUUCUGACCUUUGUGCUGAAGAAACCAAUCUCUUGAAAAUUUUUAAGCAACAGAAAAUGGGUUAUGUGCCUCAGUUGCCAUUUGGCAACCACUGUUCUUUUUCAGACUGCAGAAGGGCACCACCCCUGUUACCUCUAGAGCAGCCUAAGGCUGAGGAGUGCAGAGAAAAGAUGUGUCCGAAAGAGGAGUUCCCUAUCUUCUUUUCUUGCACUUGCCUCAAAUCCUUUUCCAGUCAAUAAUGUUAUUUCAGAAUGUCAGUUUGCAUCAUGUUUAAAUUAAAGCAUCUUCAGCCUCAGCCUUACACUUCUACUGUUUAACGACUUACCCGUUUUAAACCUUGAGCCCAGCAGAACUCAUGAAAUGACACAACAGUGCUAGUGCGUACAUACAGUGCAGUGUACCAAUUGUCCUGGGAAUAGAUUUUCCACUAAGAAGUUUAUCAAAUAUUUCACUGUAUUUGGAAAUUUUAGAGGAGGGGAAGCCUGUACUCGGAGUGAAAGGGGAAAACACAUUAUAAAUGAGUUGCCUUUCUAGGUCCAGCAUACCUUACAGAUGGCUUCGGCUCAGUGUGAAUGUUAAGUGUGAAUUCACAGAGACAUACGUCCACAUUACAUACAUGUUGCCAUGCCGAGGAUUUUACAUCGUUACAAAUGUCUUGCAGCUGUCAGAUGCUACAGAAUUCUCCUGCAGAUUGUGUACCAGAAAACCCCGUGGAGAUAAGCUCAGCUCUUUCUUGGGAAAAGUCAGUUUUUAGAAAAUUUGGAAGUUAAUUUUUGUUGGAUUAAUUGAAUAAAGCAUCCCCAGUUUUUACACUGGAUUUGGAAGUUAAAAUGCCAUUUCUCAAUCUCACUGGUCUAGGUCUUUGGUAUAAUUUUUCCUUAAACUAAUAGGUGGGGCAAGUAUAACCCCCUAAAUCGGUACCCACUGGCCACUCCUGAACGGACUUCCAGUCAUGUCCUCCAUAUGUAAUUUUUAUAAAGUAAAGGUAAUAUUGUAUAUUGAAGAUUAAAUAAAGAUGCUCUUUAAGCGAA